CGCAGGCAAAGUGCCGCCAGGGCAGGGACGGGGAGGUGGCGAGGACCUGGGAGGCGGGAGUUCGUGCCAGGAGGGACUGAGAGAAGUGGGCUCGCGCUGAGGAGUGGGGAGGCAGAGCUCGAAUCUAGGAGGGGCAGGGCCGGGCCUCGGUAGGAUGCGCAGGCGCGGUUCAUGCACUUGCUCUGGCACUCCCUCCACAGAAAAUUGCACUACAGCUCAAAGCCACGCUGGAGAAUGUCACCAACCUCCGCCCCUUGGAUGAAAUGUGGCAACUGUGGUGAGAUUUCAGAGAAGUGGCAGUAUAUUCGGCUGAUGGACAGUGUGGCACUGAAGGGAGGUCGUGGCAGCGCCUCCAUGGUCCAGAAGUGCAAGCUAUGUGCGAGGGAAAACUCCAUCGAGAUUUUGAGCAGCACCAUCAGAUCUUACAAUGCUGAAGACAAUGAGAAGUUCAAGACAAUUGUAGAGUUUGAAUGCCGAGGCCUUGAACCAGUUGAUUUCCAACCCCAGGCUGGAUUUGCUGCUGAGGGUGUGGAAUCGGGGACAGUCUUCAGUGAUAUUAAUCUGCAGGAAAAGGAUUGGACGGACUAUGAUGAAAAGGCUCAGGAAUCUGUGGGAAUCUACGAGGUCACCCACCAGUUUGUUAAGUGCUGAACCUUCUCCCUGCACACUUGCCUCUAAGAACUGAGAAGGGACAACU